AUGAUUCUGCCGAUUGCAUUGAUUUUCAACAGUUUCGUAAUGAUGACACUCGCCGUACAAUAUUCAUUCGAUACUGAACAGCAACGGUUGAGCCCAAAGUACGCCGAAGUUCUCUUAACGCCACCAAGGUUUUCCAUCAUGAAAAAUGGGACAUCAACAAAUGACAAAAAGGAUGCAAAAAUGUCUAAUACUGAUGAAGCUUUAAAUGAAGUCUCCGAUAUAAUUUUUAAUGAUAUACCACAAUAUAAGAAAGUAAUGGAGUUGUUGCUCCAGGAUAUUAAACGAGGUAAUCAUUUAUUGCUAGUUGAGAACCGGGGAUUGGAAAAUAAAAAAGUCGCAGACAGGCUAUUACAAUAUUUGAAUCGCCCUACGGAAUAUACACAAUUGCAACGCAAUACAACGGUACAUUCUUUGACAAUUCACCCAAAUGCCAAAAAUGGUACAGUCAUUAAUGAAGAUUCACCACUCAUCAAAGCCGUUAAAUAUGGCUACGUGUUAGUUGUGGAUGAAGCGGACAAAGCACCAAUAACAGUGACAAGCAGCCUAAACUCUUUAAUGGAAAAUGGAGAGAUGAUAUUGAGCGAUGGUAGAAAGAUGAUUUCCAAGAAAAUUUUGAAUAGUUCUGGAGGCAAACCAUCUGGUAUUAUUCCUGUGCACGAAGAUUUUAGAAUGAUAAUCAUGGCUAGUCAAACUGGAUUUCCGUUAUUUGAAAAAUACUACUCUAUUCCAUUAGCAGGUCUCGAGGACAAAGGUGUGCACAACGCCAGUUCGACGCUGCCGCCGGGAAAUCGUACGCGCCACCGCCGUCAAACUUCUUCAUCAACAAGUCAUGAAAUAGGCAUCACUGUCAAAGCAGUUGGCUCUAGCCCAGCGAUCACCACUGUCGUAAUGGGAGCCGAUGGCAUGGGACCACAUACAGCUACAGCAAUAGCCUCGGGCACAGCAGUUGCCACUGCAACAGCAUUGACCUAUGGUACGGGAACCUCGACUGCUACAGCAAUUGCUAACGUCUCAUCAGUUGCAACCGCCACAGCACACUCAUACGAUAGAGCAGUCGCCACGGCCACAGCAAGCGCUCAAGACUCAUCAUCGGCCGAAGCUACAGCGCACGCAUACGACAAAGCUGUCGCCACUGCCACAGCAAACUCAUCUGAAACAAAAGUCGUCACGGCCAAGGCGAUCGCCAAAGGCAACCAAGUCAUAACUGACACACAAACUGGGCCCUCAACUUAG